GUCAUUUUUACACAGCUAAGAAGGGUUAUGUUUUUGUUUAUAAUGUUAUGAAUUAAUUUUGGAUAAAUUUGUUUUUUCCUUAUCAUGUGAUAGGCCAAUAGUUGCUGAUUAGAUUUAGAUUUCAAUCUUUUUCGUUCCAGAGAUCUUGAAAUUGAUAGCAAUUUAAUUUGUGCCUAAAAGUCUGAAGUUGUUCUACUACCAUCCUGAUACCACUAAUGGCUAUAUCAUAAUAUCUACCUGAUUCACUUGAAUAUCUCAAGAAUUAUACAAUUUGUGACUUUGGAGACGGCCUGUGUUGAUAGAUAAUAUAUUGAGUACACAUAACACUAGUUUACUCUGAAUAUAAUUCAAUUUGCUGUUCAAAUUAGUUCUUUUGUAUUGUGUGUUUGCAAUCUUAUUAGUCCCAUUCAUACAAAUACAAUAAUGUGAUAAGACAGGUUAUAAGGAUAUAUAAAUUGUGUUCUACAGACUUCUGCAUAAUAGUGUGAGGUGACUACAAAUAACUUUUAAAUUAAGUGAUGAAAUUUGCAGAACAUUUAUCUGCUCACAUCACACCAGAAUGGAGGAAACAAUACAUAAAUUACGAGGAAAUGAAAGCCAUGUUAUACAUGGCUGUGGAAGAGGCACCAUCUGCAGAAAGCGUAGAACCUGAAGUAGUUACCAGACACCUUGCUAACUUUGAUGAACAGUUCUUCCUUUACUGUGACAAAGAACUUAAAAAGAUCAAUACAUUUUACUCAGAGAAACUAGCUGAAGCAACUAGAAAAUAUGCAAAUUUGAACAGUGAACUUCAAAUUUCUUUGAAUAAUUUGAUAAUGGGAAAAAAAAGAGCUAGUGGGAAGAAGAAUAUACCAGUUAGGAAAUUGCAGGAACUCAAAUUGGCUUUCAGCGAAUUUUAUUUGAGUUUGAUAUUGCUCCAAAAUUAUCAAACUCUCAAUCAUACAGGUUUUCGCAAAAUCUUAAAAAAACAUGACAAGUUGUUGUCUACAGAUGUUGGGGCCAAAUGGAGACAAGAGCAUGUCGAAACGUCCCAUUUCUUCACGAAUCGAUACAUAGAUAAAUUGAUUAAUGAUACAGAGAAUUCCGUAACAAAUGAACUUGAAGGAGGAGAUAGACAGAAAGCUAUGAAAAGACUGCGAGUGCCCCCUCUAGGAGAACAACAAUCACCAUGGACAACAUUCAAAGUUGGCCUGUUUUCAGGAUCAUUUAUUGUUUUGCUCAUUGCUGUUGUGUUAUCAGCCAUCUUCCACGAGGGCUCUACUGAGAACUUGAAAAUAGCUUUCCGUCUCUACCGUGGGCCCCUUCUCUUCAUAGAAUUCCUGUUCUUAAUCGGUGUUAACGUUUAUGGAUGGCGUUCCUCAGGAGUUAACCAUGUUCUCAUAUUUGAACUGGACCCCAGAAAUCACGUCUCUGAGCAACAUCUGAUGGAACUCGCUGCUGUUUUUGGAGUAGUCUGGGCCCUAAGCUUGUUGAGCUUCUUAUUCAGCAAGAGUCUCAGUAUAGUGCCUUACAUUAAUCCACUUGUCUUGGUGUUUAUAAUGUUUGUUUUUUUGUUCAACCCGUUGAAAGUGUUCCGACACGAUGCAAGGUUCUGGUUUUUGAAAGUAUGCGGUCGCAUGUUUGCUGCUCCAUUUUUUCAUGUUGGGUUCGCUGAUUUCUGGCUUGCUGAUCAACUCAACAGCUUUGUGAGUGCAUUGUUGGAUUUUCAAUUCCUAUUCUGUUUUUAUUUUAUCAAUGGAAAUUGGUGGGAGGCUGGAGAUACAUCUCAGUGUAUGGAAAAAAACUUCAUCAUUAGACCAUUGGUUAACUGUAUACCAGCGUGGGUUCGUUUUGCUCAAUGCAUCAGAAGAUAUUAUGACUCAAAAGAAGCUUUUCCGCAUUUAGUGAAUGCUGGAAAGUAUGCAACUACUUUUCUGGUUGUGAUCUUCGCUACUUUGAAGUCAGUAUAUAAAGAUGAUUAUGCCAGUUCAUCUGAAAAUCCUUAUGUGUUUUUGUGGAUCGCAUCCCAAAUAAUAAGUUCCUCUUAUGCGUAUACUUGGGAUAUCAAAAUGGAUUGGGGCCUCUUCGAUAAAUCAAGUGGGGAAAAUAAAUUCUUGAGAGAAGAAAUUGUCUAUUCCUCUUCAUUUUACUACUUCGCAAUCGUGGAAGACUUCAUCCUCCGGUUUAUCUGGACAAUAAACGUUUACUUGACUGAAUAUGGUUACGUGAGUGGGGACAUGAUGACGUCGAUCCUUGCUCCACUCGAGGUCUUUAGAAGAUUCGUCUGGAAUUUCUUUCGAUUGGAGAACGAGCAUCUCAACAACUGUGGUAAAUUCAGAGCAGUUCGUGAUAUUUCCGUUGCCCCGAUCGAUUCGUCUGACCAGACACAAAUUUUAAGAAUGAUGGAUGAAGAGGAUGGCGUCAUCAAUAGAGAAAUGGGGAAGAGGAAAUCAAACAAAAAGAAAGACGACAAAAAGCCGUUGUUGCACGAUGACGCUAUCAUCAGUUUCAAGGCCUUACCAGUAUCUAAAUUGCAGGCUUGAAACCUUCAUAUUCUUCUAAUAAUCAUCGAGUCAUUUCCGUGAGACGCGUUUUGAACUCAUCACCCAAUACUAUGAAUCGUGAUAUUGGUGAUAUAUUUAAAAAAAGAAGUAAAGUUCAGUUUGGUUAGGUGCUGUGCAAAAUGAAUUCAAUGUUCGAUUAUC